CACCAGCAGCUACGGCAAAGGGGCGGAGGAGAGGUCAAGAUGGACGCUCCGCGGGCGGGGGAGGAGGAGGGAGGAGGAAACUGGCGAUAGGCGGCCGGAAACACCGACGCCCGGAGGCCCCGCAGCAAGCCGCCCCUGCCACCGCCGCCGCCGCCGUCGCCGCCGCCGCCGCCUGCUCCUGCCGGAGAGAAGCGAGCGGGCGGCGGGGCGGGCCGUGACUGAGACAGGAGAGGGAGGGCGUGGGAGCGGCGCGGGCGCGGGCGCGGGUGCGGGCGGAGCCGCCCUCUCUCUCUUCCCCCCUCCCGCCUUCCCUCCCACCCUCCCGCCUACCCUCCUUCCUGCCGUCCUCGCCGCCAGUCCGCCGGCCCGCAGCCCGCCUCAGCCUCCGCCCCUGGCCAGCCCGGGGCGGCGGCGGCGGCUCAUGGCGGCCGUGGGGGCCCCCCAGCAGGUGCGGAUGGCCCAGCAGCAGGUCUGGACGGCGCUGGAGGUGGCGCUCCGCGUUCCCUGCCUUUUCAUCAUCGACGCCAUCUUCAACUCUUACUAUGAUGCCAGCCAGGGCCGGUUCAGCGUCGGGCUCCAGAUCCUCAUCCGGCUCCUGGGUAUAUUUGUAUCCAGUGUUGUUCUGAUCUUGUCACAGCGAUCACUUUUCAAGUUUUACAUGUACAGCUCAGCCUUUCUACUAGCUGCAACUUCAGUGUUGGUGAAUUAUUAUGCCUCUUUGCACAUUGACUUCUAUGGUGCCUACAACACAUCAGCAUUUGGAAUUGAAUUUCUUCCUCGGAAAGGGCCCUCACUAUGGAUGGCACUCGUUGUUCUUCAACUAACAUUUGGAAUUGGAUAUAUCACAUUACUUCAAAUUCAAUCCAUCUACUCACAGCUGAUCAUAAUGAAUUUCUUGGUUCCUGUAAUAGGCCUAAUCACAGAGCUACCCUUACAUGUCAGAGAGACUUUAGUUUUUGCUUCUUCCCUGAUUCUGACAUUAAAUACCACACUUGUAUUGGCUGUGAAAAUUAAGUGGUUUUAUUAUUCUACACGAUAUGUUUAUCUUUUGGUAAGGCAUAUGUAUCGUAUUUAUGGAUUACAGCUAUUGAUGGAGGAUACCUGGAAAAGGAUUCGUUUCCCAGACAUACUGCGAGUCUUCUGGCUAACAAGAAUUGCAGCUCAAGCUUCUGUGUUAAUAUAUGUUUUAAAGAUGGCAAAUGACACUGGAGAAAAUUCCUACCUUAUUUCUUGGGAUAAUUUCUGGGAACUAAUUUGCAAUCUUAUAAUUAGUGGAUGUGAUUCCACGCUAACUGUUUUGGGCAUGAGUGCUGUAAUUUCAUCAAUCGCCCAUUAUUUGGGGUUAGGAAUACUAGCCUUCAUUGGGUCAACUGAAGAUGAUGACAGGAGGCUUGGCUUUGUAGCACCUGUUUUGUUUUUUAUUUUGGCUCUGCAGACAGGUUUAAGUGGGUUAAGACCAGAAGAAAGACUUGUUCGCCUAAGUAGAAACAUGUGCCUUUUAUUAACUGCAGUCCUACAUUUCAUCCACGGAAUGACAGACCCCGUGUUAAUGUCUCUCAGUGCCUCUCAUGUGUCAUCUUUUCGUAGACAUUUUCCUGUGCUCUUCGUCUCUGCUUGUCUUUUUAUUCUUCCAAUUUUGCUCAGUUAUGUUCUCUGGCAUCAUUAUGCACUAAAUACGUGGCUGUUUGCAGUUACAGCAUUUUGUGUGGAACUUUGCUUAAAAGUAAUUGUAUCUCUCACUGUUUAUACGUUAUUCAUGAUUGAUGGCUACUAUAAUGUCCUCUGGGAAAAGCUUGAUGAUUACGUCUACUACGUUCGUUCUACAGGCAAUAUUAUUGAAUUUAUAUUUGGAGUGGUUAUGUUUGGAAAUGGGGCUUAUACCAUGAUGUUUGAGUCAGGAAGUAAAAUUCGGGCUUGCAUGAUGUGCCUACAUGCAUAUUUUAACAUCUACUUACAAGCAAAGAAUGGCUGGAAGACGUUUAUCAAUCGUAGAACUGCUGUUAAGAAAAUAAAUUCACUUCCUGAAAUAAAAGGAGGCCGCUUACAUGAAAUAGAUGAUGUCUGUGCAAUCUGCUAUCAUGAGUUUACAACAUCUGCUCGUAUUACGCCAUGUAAUCAUUAUUUCCAUGCACUUUGCCUUCGGAAAUGGCUGUAUAUUCAAGAUACUUGUCCAAUGUGCCAUCAAAAAGUAUACAUUGAAGAUGUGAAGGAAAAUGCAAACUCAUCUAACAACAAUGGGUUUAUCUCACCCAAUGAAAAUCCUGAGCAAGUUGUAAGAGAAGCUGCUGCUGCUGCUGCUGAAUCUGACAGGGACAUAAAUGAAGAUGACAGUACCGAUUGUGAUGAUGAUGUUCAACAUGAAAGAAAUGGAGUGAUUCAGCACACAGACACAACAGCUGAAGAAUCUCUUAAUGAUGAUACUGACUGAUUAAAAAUGGCAUUUAUUAAUCACUGAGGUAUUUGUUUAAAAUUCAGUUCAACAAAAAUGGAGUAAAAUACUUCACUUCAGUGUGUAACCAAGCACAAAAACAGUAUCAAUGUUGAGUCUGUGAAUGGUUUUCCGUUUACUGUGAUGUGCUACUGUAAAUAUACCUCUUUAAUUACUGCUGGUCUCUUUGGUGACCUAUUUAAAUUUGUGUACAUUAUUGUACAUAGAAUAAAACGUUUUCACAUGUUUUUAAGACAAA